AUGGCAACUACCACAAAAACAAAAAUACUAUGUUCAACAUGUCAGAAAGCAGCGGGUGUUUUAACUUGUCCAGGAUGUAAUAACGCAUUUUGCCUUCGUCAUGUUAGUGAACAUCGACAACAACUAAACAGACAAAUGGAUGAAAUAGGUGCCAGUCAUGAUCAGUUAAAACAAUUAAUUAUCGACAAAUGGGAACAAGAAUCAAUUACUAAAAUACAUCAGGUAGCUGACGAUGCUCGAAAACAAAUCCUAACAAUUAUUCGUACACAUAGAGCUCAAGUGACAGAUAAUUUAGCAGUUCUUACUCAAGAAUUAAGCAGAGCUCGUGACGAAGAUGAUUAUGUCGAAACAGAGUUGAACGAAUGGAUUGAAAAACUUGAUCAAUUAAAAAUUGACUUUAAUGCAGCUCAGGCAAUGUACUUCGACCAAGAUGAUAGUGAGACUUCAUUAAUUUCAAAAAUCUUUACCGACAAUAGCUCCAUGAGUACCUUCUAUCAAACUAUGGGUAACGUCCAGAUUACUGGCGAUGGAAAGAUCGUAACACAUGGUACAGUAAAUGCGUACGCUGCUGCUCGAUGUACACGGGGAUAUUCAGUAGGACAACAUACAGUUCGUUUUAAAAUCGAUUACUUAACUCCAGGUAAUGGUUUUUCAUGUGGUAUUAUGUCAAAAAGCACACCUAUAGAAUCAAUUUUUAACAAUACAAUUAACUGUAAUGCAGUACUUGAAUAUCAACAGGCUACAGCUGCAAUCUCUAUGUAUAACACUGGAUAUGCUCCUCAUCUGCAGGGGUUUCCACAACGUACACAACAGUUUCAGCCGGAUUUGCCUGGAAUUUGUAGUGUUCUUAAUCACGAUCAUGUUUUUUCCUUUCAUACACAAAAUUAUAAUUUUCAACCGAACGCUAUCUAUGAGUUGUUAAUCGAUUGCAAUCAAAAAAAGAAUUGA